AUCGAUUUUGGUAACGCCCUGGACGUAGCCAAGACUACAUUCAACCGAUUCAAGACCCGCGAUCGGGCCGAACGACUUUUUGAUGAACAAGACAACGAUUCAUACGACAAGUUUGGUAAUCGUGGCGAUGCCCCCGACCUUAUUAGCAAAUUGGGCGACAAUGAGAAACAAUAUGCAACUCAGGACGCGCUGACCAACGACUACUAUAACGACCAUAAAAUGUUUAAAGGAAGGGGAGAGCGAUGGGAAAAGCUAAUGGAGCCCAACUGUCCCUGUUUUCCAAACAUGACUAAGCGCUACACAAUUGCCUUUUUGAGUUCAUUGGGAUUUAUGAUUAGUUUUGGUAUACGCUGUAAUAUGGGGGUCGCCAUCGUCCAAAUGAUUAGCAAUACGACCGGACAGGGACCAGAGUUUGAUUGGACACCUGAGACCAUAGGUGUCGUCGAUUCAUCAUUUUUUUGGGGAUAUUUAGUGACGCAAAUUCCCGGCGGUUUUCUUGCCGCUCGAUAUCCGGCCACAAGAGUUUUUGGUACAGCAAUAGCCACAUCGGCAUUUUUAAACAUGUUAUUGCCCGGUGCCGCAAAAUUGCAUCCAGGUUAUGUCAUGUUUGUACGCAUACUACAAGGUCUAGUUGAGGGCGUCACAUAUCCUGCGUGUCACGGAAUAUGGCGUCAUUGGGCGCCACCAUUAGAGAGAAGUCGGUUGGCGACACUGGCGUUUUGUGGCUCGUAUGCCGGCGCCGUAGUUGGUCUGCCAAUGUCUGGCUUAUUAACCGAAUGGCUCGGUUGGGAAACAUGUUUCUAUUUUUACGGAUUUCUGGGUCUGAGUUGGUAUGCCCUAUGGAUGUGGUUAUCGUUUGAAAAGCCGUCAAAACAUCCGACAAUCACCAGAGAGGAACUGGUGUUUAUAGAGAACAGCAUCGGUAUUGUCAAUCUGAAGCCCCCAACCUUACAAACGACACCAUGGGUUGAGAUAUUCAAGUCUAUGCCGGUUUGGGCCAUAAUAGCCGCCAAUUUUUGCCGGAGUUGGACUUUCUACCUGUUGCUCAUAUCGCAGCCCAUGUACUUCAAAGAGGUCUUCAAUUUUGAUGUCGAAAAGUCGGGAAUGUUAGGAGCGUUGCCUCACUUAUGUAUGACAUUUGUAGUGCCAUUUGGCGGUCAUUUGGCCGAUCACUUGAGGACUUCCGGCGCUCUGAGCACAACAAACGUAAGGAAAGUGUUCAACUGUGGCGGCUUCGGUAUGGAAGCACUGUUUCUCAUAUUAGUUGGCAGCACAUCGAGCACACACCUGGCCAUCAUUGCACUCACACUUGCCGUCGGGUUUAGUGGUUUUGCUAUUUCAGGUUUUAAUGUCAAUCAUCUAGAUAUAGCACCCAGGUAUGCUAGUAUAUUGAUGGGCAUAUCUAACGGUUUCGGUACAUUAGCCGGCAUGUUAUGCCCUAUUGUAGUCAACCUUAUGACAAAGGAAAAGACACCGACCGAAUGGCAGGACGUAUUCAUAAUAGCGGGAGUCAUACACAUAUGUGGUGUCAUAUUUUACGGUAUAUUUGCUUCGGGAGAACUGCAAAAUUGGUCGGAACCGGUUUCCAAAGACCAGCCCGAGUCGCUGCAAAUGCAAUACCAGCAGCCGAUACAAACACAACUGCCCCCCAGUAGUGGUGGUGAUCCAACAACGUGGCCUCAAUCGGACGGUACGGCCAUAGGCUAUCAAACGCAAGCGGCAACCAACACCACUACAAACCCAUUCCAACAGGCCGUACAGCCCCAAUACGGCGAUCAAUCAUACGACCCGUGGGCCCAAAACGGAACGGUAGGUACGGGUUUGGCCAACAGUUAUCAGCCGUCCUAUGGAGCAACCGAUUCGCAGCAAUCGUCAGCGUUUUACGAGACGAGAGCACAGUAUAUACAACAGCCGGCAACUGACCGCUAUCUACACGGAACGGUAGAUGACAGGGAUUAUUGA